CCGGAGUUGUUCAGGAUGAUUGGUGAGGCCGUUAAGCACGCAGAAGAUCUGAAGCAGCUCGCAUUGGACGACUCGAUCGUGUCGUUAAACCGUGAGAAUGAAGACGAAGCCCGCGGGAAACUAUGCUCAGAGUUAUCCAAGGGAGUGUCCGCCCUCAUUGACCUGUCCUGGUCACCGUGGGAAGAAGCAGAGCAUCUCGCUUCGGAAGCCGGUGUGCCCAUCAUCAGAACUGCGCUAGGACCUCAGCCCUUGGUUGCCGCUAUCGACAGAUACUUGGAGUCAAGAAACGCCACUGACGCCGCCAUUCUGUUGGAGAGCGAAAUUGACGUCGACAAAGUAUUGUACGAGCUAUUGGGUCGAUCCAACACGCGCAUUUGGGUGCACGCCGGCCUCACGCGGGACUCCGCCAGGGCUCUGAAGACGAUGAGGCCUGACCCAAGCUUCUACGUGCUGGUCGGUGGAAGUGGCUUCGUGAUGGAAACGUACAAACGGGCCGUGAAGGAGAAGCUGGUGCGUCGUGUCUACCGCUGGAAUCUGGUCUUCACCGACUACCUCGAUCUGUCCGCCCUGGAUCUGAGCUCCGUGGUACAGCCUACGAUGAUCCUACAGGCACACCCCGAGGAUUGUUGCAGGAUCAUCGCCUCGAAGGAUUGCACUUGUUCCGAUAGUUUUGAGAAGACUCAGGCCACAUUGAACUCUCUGAUUGCUUAUCUGGUGGAUGCUUUUGGGAGAAUCGAUGGCACGUUCAUGGUUAAAGCCAGGGUCGACUGCGGGGACGUCCAUAGCGAUAUGAGCGACACCAAAGAGGCAUUGCACAGGAUAUUCGUCGAAGACAUAGAUAACAACGAAACUGUAUUUUAUUGGGAUCAGGAAAGGUCCGGAUUGUUCUUGCGCCAUCGCUACGUUCUGUCUUCAUACAAGCCUGAUUCCGGUCUGGAAGCCGUCGCGGUUUGGUCAGCGAACCAAGAGUACAGGCUGCUUCCGGGAGUGACACUGGAACCCUUGAAGCACUUCUUCAGAGUCGGGACUUCGCCUGCCGUACCGUGGACCCUGCCGAAGCUCGACCCUGAGACCGGGGACCCGCUGUACAAUGAAGACGGCCAACCGAUCUACGAGGGAUACUGCGUGGAUCUAAUACAGAAAUUAUCAGAGGCCAUGAACUUUGACUACGAGAUCGUUUCACCGAGGAGCGGGGGAUUCGGAAGGAGGCUACCUAAUGGCUCCUGGGACGGUGUCGUCGGUGACCUCACUACGGGGGAGACCGACAUAGCCGUCGCUGCGUUGACCAUGACGGCUGAGAGGGAGGAAGUCAUAGAUUUCGUGGCGCCAUACUUCGAACAGACAGGAAUAUUGAUAGCGAUUAGGAAGCCAAUACGGAAGACGUCCCUCUUCAAGUUCAUGACGGUACUCCGCACUGAGGUUUGGCUCAGCAUCGUGGCGGCUCUCGUUCUAACCGGCUUCAUGAUUUGGCUGCUGGAGAAGUAUUCCCCUUACUCGGCGAAGAACAAUCCAGGGGCCUACCCAUAUCCUUGCAGAGAUUUUACGCUGAAAGAGAGCUUUUGGUUCGCCCUGACCUCAUUCACUCCUCAAGGCGGCGGAGAAGCUCCGAAAGCCCUCUCAGGCAGGACCCUCGUGGCUGCCUACUGGUUAUUCGUGGUGCUGAUGCUGGCCACAUUCACGGCGAACCUUGCUGCUUUCCUCACGGUCGAGAGGAUGCAGACUCCGGUGUCAUCAUUGGAACAGUUGGCGCGUCAAUCCCGCAUCAAUUAUACAGUCGUCGAAGGUUCUAGCACGCAUCAAUACUUCAUCAAUAUGAAGUUCGCCGAAGAUACACUAUACAGGGUAUGGAAGGAGAUAACCCUCAACGCCACAUCGGAUCAAGCCCAGUAUCGGGUGUGGGACUACCCCAUCCGGGAGCAGUAUGGACAUAUCCUUCUGGCCAUUAACGCUUCAGGUCCAGUGGCAGACGCGGAAACUGGCUUCAAGCAAGUCAACGACCACACAGACGCCGACUUCGCUUUCAUCCACGAUUCAGCGGAGAUAAAAUACGAGGUGACCAGGAACUGUAAUCUGACCGAAGUCGGGGAGUUGUUCGCCGAGCAGCCUUACGCCAUAGCCGUCCAGCAGGGCUCCAGGCUACAGGAGGACAUCUCCAGAGCCCUGCUGGAGUUACAGAAGGAACGAUUUCUGGAACAGCUGGCUUCCAAAUAUUGGAACGAAACGCUAAGACAGUCCUGCUCUGAUGCCGAUGAAUCUGAAGGCAUCACCCUGGAGAGCUUAGGUGGUGUCUUCAUAGCAACGCUGUUUGGUUUGGGUCUAGCGAUGAUAACUUUGGCCUGGGAGGUGUUUUAUUACAAGCGCAAAGAGAAAAAUAAGGUGCAGUCGACAAAAGAGAACGUUGAGAGGCCGCCAAUCAAGAGCGCUAAGCUCGGAGGGAAAAUGGCCGUCGGCGUUGCCAGACUACGGAAGAGAGCUACCAAAAUAGGGAAAAAGAAAAACGUCACUAUAGGCGAUAGUUUUAAGCCGUCCGUUUCAUAUAUCAGCGUUUAUCCCAAAGGCGAUUAUCGUCCUUGAACUAAAUUUAAUAAAUACUGUUAAGCGCUGGGGUUCGGGAUAAAUAAAAUGUCACCAAAGUACAACUUAAAACUGUAUUCAACACUUAGAAAACUUAAACACUUCACAAACACUUUAAAACUCUCAAUUCGCUUGUUACGCGUUGCUUCAGGUGAUCCUUUCGCUUCAAAUAGUUCCGAUUACUGACGGACUGCAUGCCAUCCCUGCAACGCUUUUAUAGUCGACACGUCACCCCUAGAAUUAUCGAGAAUAUUCCACACAUCUCUAGUAGUAGUUUCCGCUAUCUGACAAUAGAUGGCGAUGUACUUAUCGAGCGUUCUAGUUGCUACUAGAUCCUUCGAUAUUCGUUCGACUAUUCGGCGAUAGAUGGCGUUACUCUACAACUCUACGUUACUGGCGUAACAAUACAAUGGUAGAUCGAAUUAUCUUUGCUGAAACUGUUCACUGUUUUUAGUAGUACUUGCUUUAGUAGAACCAGUUUAGGUAAACCCUUGCUUCUUUAUUGCUUACACGGGGGACGAGUUCACGACUCAACAGCUGUCGUGUGGUUAUCGGAGCCGAUAAACAUUAGACUUCAGAUAACCGACAGUCAGAUAACUUGGACAAAGUGAUUGUGACGGGCAAAGUAGAAAGAAAGAGACCCCGCGGCCGAUUACCUAGCCGUUGGUGUGAUCAAGUAACCGCUCUAACUGGGUUGCCAGUCGCAACCGCCAUUCGAGCAGCUGAGGACCGGACGAGAUGGAAACAGCUCACGAGACAGGCAACGGUCAAGUUUCAGGGACACGAUCUUCAGAAAUGAAGAAAGCGACGAAGAAGAAGAAGUUUAAUGUGAUAAGAUUAAUGUGAGAAACGGAAGUGACAGUUGACAGUGAAAGGGAUCAAUGUAUGAGUCAGAAAGGGACGGAGGAUAUAAGGCGAGAUGGCGAUCGGGCAUUAUAAAGUGAACAACGAAAACGUGUGCUGAAAGAAUAUAUUUUGUUGCUUUUCCAAUAACUGGGUUUGUUUUACUUUGAGCUUCUCCCACAUUAAAAAUGUAAAUGCUGCUACUCACUUCGAGAUCCUAAAUCCGCCCCAUCCUUGGACGCAUUACUGCUUCGCGGCAGAACUAGGCGUAUAUACGUAGAGUAAUGUCAACUUUCAUGUAAUUUUGAAUUGAGACUUAGAAAUCGUAUCUCAAGAUGAGUUGUUGAUGUCUGUGCGAGAAAAUAAUGCAAAUAAACAAAAUUAUGUACAAUUUCUUGGUUUUUAAUAUUAUCCAAAAUUUUUUGUUCGCCAUUACACCGCAUAUUGUGUUAUAAUAUUAUGAGAAUCCAAUUUAUGUAUACACUGUAAAUUAUUUUCAAUAAAACACGUUAUGAAUGUUAA